AUGGACGCUGUUGCCAGCCACAGCUGCCACCUCCUUCAGCAGCUUCAUGAGCAGCGCAUUCAAGGUCUUCUCUGCGACUGCAUGUUGGUGGUCAAAGGGGUCUGUUUCAAAGCACAUAAAAAUGUGUUAGCUGCUUUCAGCCAAUAUUUCAGGACUCUAUUUCAGAAUUCUCCAGGCCAGAAGAAUGAUGUCUUUCAUCUGGAUAUUAAAAAUGUUGGUGGAAUAGGGCAAAUCUUGGACUACAUGUACACAUCCCAUCUUGACCUGAACCAAGACAACGUACAAGCUCUUUUGGAUAUUGCACAAUGUCUGCAAGUGCAGAACGUCUUGAACGUGUGUCGUUCCUUUUUAAAAUCCUCCACAAUUUUGGAGCAGCCAGCGAGUAUGCCUUGUAACAAUGCCUUCCCAUUGCAAGAUACUUUGGCUGCAGGUACUAAUUGUGAGACUUACGAUGCCAAUGUACUGUGCACUUGUACCGCUGCUGCACAGCCCAGCAAACUUGUGGAGGAUCAACAUUUGCAAGGGACGCAGCCUGCUGCACUUCCCAUCUCUUCCGUUGAUGUAAACAAACAGAAACAUGAUUCCAUGGAUGCUAAUUGCACACAUCUCCCAUUUAAGCAGCCAAAUUGUUAUUACAAACUGCGUAACUUUUAUAGCAAGCAGUUCUACAAGCACACUGUUUGCCCCAGCAACGAACGUCCUCCAGAGCCAUCCUUUGCUUUUAGUGCCUCUGCAGAACGCAGUGCAGUCGAGAAUAAUGCUUCUUGUAUCGUCAGCCACUCGGAAUGUAUUUUGGAGUCGCCUGAUCAUUUGCCUUCAAAUUUCCUGGUUCAGCCCUUAAAUGAGUGUAACGAAGACCAGGAUUCAGAAAGCACGCCGUUACAGCCAGCUGAACAGAUGAGACUUAAAAAAGCGGUGCCCCUUAAAAAACUGAAUUUCCUAAGGUCUCAAAAGUCUUCAGACUUAAUUUCUCCUGAACCUAAAAUUGCUGAUGGGGACAUUGCCAGGGAAACUGAGUCAGAAAGAGGAAGUGACAUGGAGAGGACAAAUGCUGCUGCUGCUGAAAACCAAGAAGAGCUGGUCAGUUCUGAAGGCUUGGAGCAAAACGCCGAGGUAGAGCCACCUCAGGAACUUUGUGAGACAAAUGACCAGUCCCAGAUUUUCCUUUCAGAGAGGCAGUAUCCUUGUGCAUUAUGUGGGAAAGCUUUUAAACACCCCAGCAAUCUGGAGCUCCACAUAAGAUCUCAUACAGGUGAGAAGCCAUUUGAAUGUAACAUUUGUGGGAAAUGUUUCUCACAGGCGGGCAAUCUUCAGACUCAUUUACGUCGGCAUUCGGGUGAAAAACCUUACAUCUGUGAAAUCUGUGGGAAACGGUUUGCUGCAUCUGGGGAUGUCCAGCGUCACAUCAUUAUUCACACUGGAGAAAAGCCUCACCUGUGUGAUAUCUGUGGCCGAGGGUUUAGUAACUUCAGUAAUUUAAAGGAACACAAAAAGAACCACGCGGUAGAGAAAGUUUUCACUUGCGAUGAGUGCGGAAAGUCCUUUAACUUACCCCGGAAGUUAGUGAAGCACAGGAUCAGGCACACAGGAGAGAGGCCUUAUAGCUGCUCAGCUUGUGGGAAAUGCUUUGCAGGGUCUGGUGACCUACGAAGACACAUCCGGACUCAUACUGGGGAAAAGCCGUAUACCUGUGAGACCUGCAGUAAAUGCUUCAGUCGUUCUGCCGUCUUACGCCGGCACAAAAAAACCCAUUGCAAAGUAGGUAACGAGGAUCCCAAUAGUCUUGAUGAGCUUACCCAAGCAGUGGAAACGUCUGACCUUGAAAAGUCCCAAACGCCAGACCCGUUUACCCAAGAAAUAUCGGUAACUUUACUGCCAGUGUCUGUGAAAUUCCCCAUCCACCCAGCUGGGAAUUCAGCAAGUGAACUGGAGAGCCCGGCAGGAGCAGUCCAGAAAGUGCAACAGGACAGUGGUGGAAACCACCAUCAGAAAUUGAGCUUAGACCCGGUCAGGCUCUCCAGAGCUCAACAAAGAUUUAACCGCCCAUGUUCUUAUAAAGAAGCGGAGAGGCCACCAGAGGAGGAACCGCUGCAGUCUGACGGGAUUCGCCCCAUGGGGGCCAGCCUGGGCAGCGGCAGCUGUGGCAGUGAGCUGACCAGCCGUCUGUCGUCUGCGGAAUACAGGAACAACGAAGGUCCGUUCUUCUCCAGCGUGACCCUCUGGGGCUUAGCCAUGAAGACUUUGCAGAAUGAGACCGAGCUGGGUCAGUGAGGAGUCACGCUGUGUCAGCGGGUAGGGAGCGGCGCAACGUUCACAGAGUGCUCGGAAGUGCUCAGAGAGCACCCAGGCAUUUCUUACACCGUUGUAAUCCUUAUAAAGGAAGUCAGCGUUGUUAUCCCGCUGCCGCAGAUUGUGGGCAGAGGCAGCAAGAGUGGCUCCCCUGAAGUCACCUCCCAAGCUUGUGGCGGAGGCCAGAUAUUAAGCUGGCCACUUCCUGAUAGCCGGUUGUGAGUGUCGCCAGUAAGGCUGCCGGAGCGGGAGCUGAGUAGGGAGCUAAUACGCGGGGGGGGGUGUGUGCAUGAGCCAGGGGGAAGGCCCAGAGUGCUGUUGCGCGGCUUUUCUUCAUCUCAGGGAGAAGCGCACAGAAGGACUUUCCACUGCCCUGUGCAUGUCUGGGUUUAUUUGUAUCCCAACCUUUUCUCCCUGCCUCCAUUUUUUCACAGCAGCCCUGUGAGGUAGGCCAAGCCGAGCAUUGGUGUAGAGGCUCAAGGUCAUCCACUGAGCUUCGAUGGUAGAAGUGGGCAUUCGAACCCGGGUCACCCUGGGUCCUAGUCUGCCACUCUGUCCACUGUGCCACACUGGGGCAAUGUGUGUGUGUCAAGUGCCGUCUGAAUUGUCUACUUCAGACACCAGAAUAUCUCUGGCUGGUGCAGGUAGAGGUUCCCUGUGCAGCUGCCUGGGAGUAUAGUGGCACCUGACCUCGAUCACGUCAGGAGGAGCCCAGCUCUGGCUGUUGAGAAACGGGAAGCUCCCCCAGACACAGGUGGAGAAAUCUGCAAGAGGAGACCAUGAAGCCACUGCCUGCCUCUCGGCCUGUGCGUCUCCCUCUUUGCUGCCGUGUGUCUCUGCUCUUUCUCCUCUUACCUGCGACAGGCAACUAGCUGCUAAAGGAGAGUGAAGCAGAGGCCACCAGUGGCCAGGAGCCGGCAUCCCUCUCAGUCGCUCCCCUCU